AUGGAGGGAGUUGUGCUGGAGGAUACACCUCUCGCAGCAUAUCUAGAAGGUAAAGGUCAAGAAGACCAUAGUGAAGAUACUACUCCAGCCAAUCUACUACCCAAUCCAUCGUUCGCGCCAAAAGGCAGACUAAAUACAUACAAGCUUCGAUAUAAAGUUCCACCCCCAUUAUGGCGAGAAGUUCCUCAACACAGGGUUGUAGAAAUCCUUCAAGAUUUUUAUUCUCGUGCCCUCGACUCCCGACUAAGUCAAGCUGACAACGCUCGAUUCCUAGAACGCUUCCGAUACCUGAUUGUCGCUUCUCAACUUUUGAAUCUCCACACAUAUCCAAGCAGUUCAGAUAGCUUAAGGACAAGCUACGCGCAGGAAGGUGAUAACUUGCAGCUUCAAGCCUUCUCGCCCACAGGCGCUGCUUUUACUGCUCUAUCUGCGUUUUCAUUAGCAUGGCUCAUUCACUGGGCGCGUAACAGUGCUCGCUCUGCCGCUGGAAGAGGUCGGCUUGCCGUCAUGCUAACUGUACUUGGGAUAGCUGGGAUGAUCUCAUACGCAUACUUUCGUCGUCAAUGGCUUCAGAAUUUAAGACAAGAAACCGUCACCGAACUAUCAAAUUUGAUCGUGUCUGCAUACGAGCUUGACAGAGCUGCAGCUAACGCAAUAUCGCUGGUCCAGGAAGUUGAGCUCGUGUCUCGUGGAUAUCGCAUCAGUAGUCCCCUACCUCCAAUCAGCCGAAUUGAAGACAGAGGCCAAUCGCGUAGAUGCAUACGACUUCGGAAACUAAUCAGAACAAGCUUCGUAGAAGUUACAACAAAGUACGUGGAAGCGGUUUCUCAAUUACAGCCUUUGGCAGAAGAAUUAGACCUCGAGAAGUAUUAUGAUAUUUACGACAUAACCGAAAAUGAUUUAUCCGAGGCGUCGUUGGGGUAUCCUGAGACAGAGGCUGAAGACCAAGAAUCUGUCCGAACACUUAAGCUUCUUGCUGCUAGGUACAACACACUUCGCAGAAUAUUUUUAUGUUGCCUCAUGGCUCUGAAUGCAGACGGUAAUAAAAAUGAUUUUCAUGUCUGGAAGAUAGCACUUGAAAGAAUUCGUGAUAUACGUGUUGCAACAGCUUCCGCUGGUGCUCGCUUGGCAAGUCUGUUGAACGCUGAGGAGAGUUUUCCAGUGCCUCCAACACCCAAACUGCCUCUUACUCCUGGCCGGGAAAGAUGGCGAGCUCAGUCGCGUCAACUUAACUCGCUUUCAACCGGUAUAAGAGGACUACAAGCCAAACUCCAAGUUCUGCGCGAAGAGUCUGACCGUAAUCUCAACAAAGCUGAUGGACUAUCCGAAUUCAAUAACAGUCUUUUGACACAAUAUGAGUCACUCGGAACAGACUUGAGGGCCUUAAUGCAAGAAUGGGAGGAGGGAAAGUCUGCAUUGGCAGCUAAUAUAGACCGAAAUGAGCGAAGAUUCUCAACCCUGAGCGGUAUGAUUUCGCCCACUGCCUCCUUAGGCGGUCUCACAGUUGUAGAGGAAGGAAGUGCCCUCGAAGCACUCCAGGUUUUAAAUGGCGGAACGCGUCCGAGGUCUAGUACCGAGAUAAGCUCCAUGGAUUUCGAAGAAGUAUUUGAGGCCACAGCUAUACCGCGAAAAAGGAUUACUUUAUCCAGGGAGGAACGCAUCGCACGGUUAAAGGAAGACAGAGCCAAGAGGAAUUCAGUUCGAACGUCUCAAGACGCAAACACCAAAAUGCUAAGAGAGCUAGAGUCUGUUAUAAAAAUGAGGCCAAAGACUGUAUCAUCAAAAAGUGGUCGAAUUUCAUCAAUUUGA